UGGCUGUUCCGCUCUAUAUACUUGUGGAAGCCGGUGUCUGUGAGUCAUCGCCGCUCGGACAGACAACUUGCUUCGAAUCGCUAUUCAGAAGCCUCGCAGAUUCUCUCGGAUUUAUUAGGAAUCACGAAUUUCUCUCUCAUUGCCCGACAGGAUUGAGAUGUUACAUUUUAGGUCCUCGACAGUGCUGAAGGAGUUGUUUGAAGCCACCCUCAAGCGUCCCUUUCCCGUCUACCGAGAGAAGACCUGGUUGCCGACAGGCUCCCGCUGCUUCUGCUGCCUCGGCGCCACCUCCGUUGAUGCCAGAGCCACAUCUGCUCCUCUGAAGCUCCUCAAUGCCGCCGCGCACCGCCCGGCUCUCCGCACCGCGCCCCGCGCCGCCUCUCUCCGCUCCUACUGCGUGAAAACCGAAGCCGAGGAGGUAGAGGAGCAGCUGAAGAAGGAUGGAGCCGCUGGCGAAGCGGACAGCGACAAGAGAAGAAACGCAGGGAUUCUCCCGAGUUUGGAGGAUUUGCUUUUCUACACAGUGGCCGAAGGUCAAGAGACGAUUCCUGCUCACAAAUUUCUCACAGCACUGAAAGCCACGGGGCUUCGUUCCGGAGAUCCCCGACUGAAGGAGUGCAUGGAAACACUGAAAGAAACUCUAAAGAAGACUUCAGAUGGCGUUACACUGGACAGGCACCUUUUCAAGAAGUGUGUCCAGAGCAACAUUGUCCUGCUCACUCAGGCCUUCCGCAAGAAGUUCGUCAUCCCAGACUUCCAGUCCUUCACCUCCCAUAUUGAUGAGCUGUAUGAGAAUGCCAAAAAUCUCACUGGAGGGCAGGUUGCAGACUACAUUCCUCAGCUGGCCAAGUUCAGCCCCGACCUGUGGGCGGUUUCUCUGUGCACGGUGGACGGGCAGAGACAUACGGUGGGAGACACUAAGGUCCCCUUCUGCAUGCAGUCUUGUGUGAAGCCUCUGAAGUAUGCCGUCGCCGUGCACGACCACAGCACGGAGUACGUGCACAGUUUCAUCGGGAAGGAGCCCAGCGGCCUCCGCUUCAACAAGCUCUUCCUGAAUGAAGAUGAUAAGCCGCACAACCCGAUGGUGAAUGCUGGCGCUAUUGUUUGUACUUCACUCAUAAAGCAAAGUGUAAGCAACGCAGAGAAAUUUGACUAUGUCAUGAACUUUCUGAAAAAGAUGGCGGGAAACGAGUAUGUGGGUUUCAGCAACGCCACAUUCCAGUCUGAGCGUGAGUCAGGAGACAGGAACUUCGCCAUCGGCUACUACCUGAAAGAAAAAAAGUGUUUCCCAGAGGGGACAGACAUGACCUCUGUACUGGACUUGUACUUUCAACUCUGCUCCAUUGAGGUGACAUGUGAGAGUGCCAGUGUCAUGGCGGCCACCCUGGCCAACGGGGGUAUCUGCCCAAUCACGGGCGAGCGCGUGCUGAGCCCAGAGGCGGUGAGGAACACGCUGAGUCUGAUGCACUCCUGUGGCAUGUACGACUUCUCAGGGCAGUUUGCUUUCCAUGUCGGCCUGCCUGCCAAGUCUGGAGUAUCAGGAGGGAUCCUGCUGGUUGUGCCCAACGUGAUGGGCAUCGUGUGCUGGUCGCCUCCGCUCGACAAGCUGGGCAACUCGGUCAGAGGGAUCCAGUUCUGCACGGACCUGGUGGAGCUUUUCAACUUCCACAACUACGACAAUCUGAGGCACUUCGCCAAGAAGCACGACCCUCGCAGAGAAGGAGGCGACCAGCGGCAGCAGACCUUCGGACCUAUGGAUUACGAGAGCCUCCAGCAGGAGCUGGCUCUGAAAGCCCCUCUUUGGAAAAAGGUGUCCCCCACUGAGUCGAACGAGGACAGCUCCACCACUGUAGUCUAUAGGAUGGACAAAGUCAUCGAGUGAAACUUUAAAACAAACAAACAAACAAAAACAGACGCCCCCACCUCGCCUGAUCUCCCAACAACGCGACGGCAUCGUCUCCUCACCCUCAUAUUUAUGUAUAAAUUAUGUAGAGGAUUAUUUAUUGCUGGUGAAGCGGUUACUGGGAAACUUGUUUUUGAUUUUGUCUGUGCUGGAAAAAUGGGAUCAGCUUAUUAUUAUUAUUAUUAUUAUUAUUAUUAUUAUUAUUAUUAUUAUUAUGAACUCCAAAUGACCUCCAUUUGCUUCGUUGCCUUAGCGACGUGACAAGGAUCUGAUGUGUAACGUACACACUUCGCUCUCGUUUUAUCUCAACACACUUUUAUCUUUAUUUUCUUCUUCAUCACGUCAGAGUUUUCUUUUUAACAAUGUCGGCUAAUGCUGCGUUCACUCUACGACCCAAAACAACAGCUGCUUGAGAGUAAACACUGACUUUAAAUUUAGGGGUGUGUUACGAGUGAUUAAAAGAAUAUUUUGGCCGUGAUUGAUAAGUUUUAUUUUCCUGGUUAUUUUUUUUUUAUUUUCUUCCCACUUUUGUGACAUUUGGCUCCUCGAUUUAAAAUAUAGAUGAAGAACAUUAACGAAUGUCAUUCACAAGUGUUGCGUUAUUUUGCAGAUCUUUGUGUUUUCUGUUAAAAUAAUACUUGAUUUGUGCCUGCUUCCGUUUCUUUGACAUUAACUCGACUAUGAAACAGACAGAAGUCGUGAGGACUUUCAGCUCGAGUUGAGUUUGUUUGUGUUUGAUGAUGCGGUUGAUACUAACAGAGGGCCGUUUUCUCGCAGUCAGGUGACAAAAGCAUUGGGCUGUUUCUUAGGUUUGACUUGUUUGCCUGCAGCUUCCUGACAUGCUUCUGAAUUCUGAGGAAGGAAAGGCGAGUAAAGUCAGUCGUGUAGGUUCAGUUAAAGUCUCUCGUGGCUUCAUACAACCAUUAACUCCCUUGCACAGCUCACAAAAGUAUGCAAACACGAUGCCUCCAUGUAGAAAUAAAUCUGCUAAAUGUGAAUGCAGCAUUUAUUUACUACAAAGGUGACGAUUCAUGUCCCUCACCUGAAAUUGCGUCGGAAGUUCUGCGAGCAGAUGGAGCUGACACUUCCAGAAAAAAAUCAGACGUACCAACCGUGGAUGAACUUAAUCUGAGGCUUUUAUCUGCUCUAGUCCAGUUACAGGAUAAAGUCAUCAAAUAAAACCCUUUUUCUCAGCCACAGUUCAUUUCAGUAAUGACCAAAGCGAUUAUCGAGUCAAACACGAGCCUGCUGGGUGUGCGAGUGAGCUGUUAACCAAAAAAAUACAGCAUGGCUAGCUUCACACGUGGAGUUGUUUCCAUAAGCAGCAGGUCAGUGAGAGAAAGCUGAAGGAGAACGGAUCACAUGUUGGAUGUGCCGUCACAUGCCAUUAUUUAUGUUUGCAUUGAGUCACCGCUGUUGUGCCAUGAUGCUUUUACUGUGUGAGACUGCAGGAAUUUAUGAAAGUCAAAGGAAACAGUCCGACUAAAAGCCGUCUGUGCACAGCAGUUUCUGCAGAACUCCACCUGCAGAUCAGGCUAUAAGACUCUAACUCACUACACUCCUGCCCGAUUCUCAUUAAUAGACACAAAAUAAGUUUCUGUGCGCUACAGUUUCAUGAGGGGCCGGCACUUGUGCAGAAAUGUGGCUAAAAUCCUGAAACACUGCAGCCCCAUCAGCUCACCUGUGCCCGUAACACAUCCAUGGCUUUUACAUGAAUCAUGUAGCGAGCAACUAUUCCCUCCAUCUGACUUUCCGUUUUGUGUUUUACUCUAUUACAUCAAAGUACCAGAAUUACUAGUAUUAGUACAAUUACUGUUGACCAGAAAUACGCUGAGCUCAGCUCGAAAGGUUCCUGCUGAAGUUUUGGUUCUGAACUAACAUCCACCUUUCUGAUAACCUCUCCGCCUGGCUGUCCAAGUACAUUAAUGCCCCCAGCAACCUGUCAGGAGCAGGAUGAAACUUGAUUUUUGUGUUUGUGUGGCUUAAACAGCAGUAAGCCACCUGCCACAAACUUGAAGAAAUCAUGUUAAUUAAAACCAGAUCAGGUUUUGGUGGGUCUCUUCAGUAAAUCCUGACUGCAGGAUGGUUAGUGAGUCUGGCCCUUUCAGUUUUAGAAGCUUUAGUCUGCUGAGGAGCUGCUCUUCUCUUUAUAUAUCACUGAAAACUUUGUUUAAAAUAAAAAAAAUUCAUAAAUCUGUAGAAAAGAGGUGUUAACCGGUGAGUUGAUAUUCCAGCUCGAGGAACAACGUUCAGUGUUGUUUGGGAAGUUUUCAGUCUUAGUCUCAUCAGUUUAGGCAACAUUUCUUAUUUCGGGAUGUUCGUAGCAGCAGGCAUGUGUAGCUUUCAGCUGUGCAUCUGCACACGAGUGAUCUUCAGCUGCAGACCAAAGAGUGUGUUUGAAUUUUUACUUCAGACGUUCCAGGUUUAUCUCACAACCUCCUCGGUAAAUAUAAGUACUUGCACAUAAAUGUCACGCCAGCGGAUGCCUUAGAUUUCUCUGCACCGUGAAGCAGGAGGAGGUGUGUGUUUAUUAAUCACUGUUGAAACUGUACAUGUGUUUGUAGGUUUGAGCUAAGAGCGAUGCUGCUGGAGCCGUUACCACCAUGUUACUACUGUCAUGGCAUGUUUUUGUUUUUUUCCUUUUUCGUUAAACUUCUGCUGGUCAUGUGGGUGUUACAGGUGAAACGUAUUCAAAAGCCUCAGUCAUCAUCAGUGUUGCUGGAUUAUUAAUAUCUGAGGAUUAUUAUCACAUAAAAAAGUUAUUUUCUCGUGUAGUGAUCAAAUGUAUGAACGCUUAAAUGAACUCCCCCGCAUGUGUUGUUGGUUGUGAAGUUCGCUGUUCGACUGAUUUUGCUGAUUUUAGCUGAAUUGUUAGUUAUGAAAAAUUGACACUGCGUUUAAAAUGCAAAUUAUUAUAAAGAGAUUUUUAAAAAAUAUAUAAUUGCCAAACAAUUAGAGAAAAUUAUGAUGUAGCUGCACUUUAUUUUUAUUUUUUUAGUAAAACUAUUGAAUGUACAAACUCUUGAGUCACUGGAAAACCGAUCUAAUGAGGAGGCGAUGUGUAUGCCGGUUUAGGCUACACAGAUCCUGGGUGCUGAGCAUACGGAGAUAAAAAUACUGUGUAGCUUGAACCCAGUUUAACAUACAAAGCUCAUUUUAUUCCCAUUUAAAUCAACCAUAUGUGCAGAGUUUUUCCAGAGUGCGUGACUUUUACGAGCAACCAACCACAGAGACGAGUGAAGAAGAACACAAUCGCUUGUUUUACUUCCCUCACAUGUGAGCGAGGCCUUUACCAUAACAGCAGUUCCUUUUUUUGUUUUUAUGGACGUUUCAUUAAUCAGUUGACUUAAAAACUACACUUUUAAGACUAACGUAAUUAAUUGUUUUAGGACUUGAUUAAACGCUGCGCAGCUCGUCGGUUUGACAGGAAUAGUUUAUUUUCCUGAUUCGCUCGGUCUUAGCUCGGCAUUUCCUUCUUUUGGCCGUGAGCGAAAUGAGUCGCUCUCCUCUUCUUUAAAAUAUUGACUUUUACAUCUUUGAUGCUCCGUUCAUUGGCACAAAAAUCUGAAUUUGAGAGCCAGAGAUAAAAACUAAAGGGACCAGCAUUGGGGGGAGACUAAACCGAUCCAGCCAAUCAGGACUAAUUAUCCUAAUCGCAUCUGUCCUUCUUUGUUUUGGAAGAAUAACACAUAAACCUUGUGUUUGUGUUAUUCAGUGUUGGGUAACGCGUUACACCUGAAAAACACACUUGGUAAUUAAAUUACUUUUCCACUGAAAAAGUAGAGUAACUGAUUACU